AGUUACCUAGGUACCUAGGUAACUUUGUAUGGUAACCCAUUGAAUUGGCCAUUCAAUUUAGACAUCACCCAUUUUGCGAAAAGCGACCUAAUCACCACCUACCCGGACUCUCGAAAAUAUGACUUGGAUUUCCAAAUUAGUAACGGCUUUCGGGCUAUUACUUCUAGCAGAUUCCUGUUACUCUGCUUACGAACAUUCUGUUCUACAAACGCAUCGAGCCGCAUCGCUCUCCUCCUUGACUACAUCACACAGCGGUGCAACUACGACGCUACCGAUCGAUAUAACCAUCGAAACUAUCGUCGCGACAUUUGUUGUCUGUCUGGGCAUGGUGUUGGGCACGUCUAACUUGCGACCCAUCCAAUGGCGUGUUUGGGCAGGGAAGAUUGAGCGAGAAGGCGAGGCAGGAUUUCUAAACAGCAGCGGGGAGGUAGAGAAAGACUACGUUGGGAAUCCAUUCCGGCUAUUAGAGAGUCGUCCAGGGUUUGUCGAUAUUCGGAAGCAGAGGAACGAGUUCGCCGAAUGGGUCAAAAACAAAUAGACUCGAAGUCGAGCGAUGUGUAUAGAGGCCACCCGGAGACGCUGGUACCAGGCCAUACUUGCUAUUAGGUCUCAUGACUGUUUAUAGUAAACAUACGGGAUACAUGCUCGAAGCUACUAGGGUACUGCGCUAUGUUUCGCGGCUCGUAUGAAGCAAGACGAAAUAAAACUAUCCCACACACAUGCCACUGGCCCUAGUGGAUUUAUUGAAGGAAUGAACCGAAGCCGAGUGGGAACGCCGUUACCUUUAUUUUUCUCAGGUGUGUCUUUGGAAACCACGGAAAAUAUCUCCCGCAGGCCCGCAGGGAGGUAGCACCUUCCGUCUUCUUCCUAAACUCAAGUAUGAAAAAGUAUGAAACUUCUCCUUCUAUAACGAGGAGCAAUACUAGAGUCGAGAUAUGUUUAGUCAGAAACGCUAGUUUAUCUAAUCCAUCUAGGUUAACACAUUUACCAUCCGUCUCUCUCUCUCUCCCUCAUCUCUUACCAAGUACAAAGUGCCUAUAUAUUAUAUCCCAUAUAGAGUGCUAUCCUUUGAGAAACUAGAACUACAAUAUGCCGCGCAGUCAAAGAUAUCAGACCCCGUCUAGGGUAUCGUCAGAGCAAUCAGUUCAUACUAAUCUCUUCAGCCAGUCUAGCUCGUUAUUUGUUCCAUCGGCUAUAAAUAAUCGUGU